AAGCUGCUGGGCCACCAGUCUCUGGAAGGAGCAGCAUGGGCCGGCUUGCUGGGCAUCUGCUGAUCUGGGCCUGCCUGCUCCACAGCGUGACCGCAGGGUUUGAUAACGGUGGAUUUCAACACAAUGAUAUAGACUAUCUGCCAGAGGUUGAAGAUGGCCAAUGUAUCUUCCCAUUCCGGUUUAAAGAUGAAUUAUACUAUGACUGCAUCAAGUUCAAGACAAAACAUAAGUGGUGCUCCCUGAACAAGACUUUCAUAGGAUACUGGAAGUUUUGCAACUGGGAAGACUUCGCAAAAUGCAUGUUUCCCUUCUGGUACAGGCGCAUGAUAUACCGGGAAUGUACUGACGUCGGGAGUGAGUCGGGCAAAAAAUGGUGUUCACUGACCAAGAAUUUUAACAAGGACCGAAUUUGGAAAUAUUGCUGAUUAAUGUGAGAUUUAUUGGGAUAGGAAGAUGAAGCAGUUUAGCCAUUUUUACUGGAAAUAACCUAGAGUUUUUGUUGGAAGAGGAGAAGGCAGGGUCUUCAUUAAAAGUGUUUUGGGGUAACGUGAAUUGAAGGCAAUCUGACUUGAGAUUUUUACUAUGAAUUAUGGAGUUUAAAUUAGAGAACUAUAUUCUAGCCACUACACUUCUACUUCCUAGCUAUGUAAAGGUAGGCUCCUUUUAAAAAUUAAGUGAAUGGUCUUUGGGUGAUAGUGGCGUGUCAGUGCAGGCUCACAAUGUAACAAAUGCACCACCUGUUUUGGGAUAUGGAUAAUGGGGGGGCAUGCUUUCUGAGGGAUAGGACAUAUGAGAGAUCUCUGUACCUGCUACUCUAUAUUUCUGUGAAUU